AGUGACACUCCCAGACAGAGUAGUCUGUGCAUUCUACAAUUCGCUAGACCACGACCAAAGGCCAGUGGGACACGAUUAUUGUUUCAGCCCUCUUCACCGACCUCGUAAAAAUAACCAAAUCACAAGCGAUCAGGAAAACAGAUUUCCCUUUUCCGGACAUUGGUCGCUAAACAUCCCGCCAAAUGAAGGGUAUCCACGAAAUAAGCAUCAGCCUCACGUCGGCCGCCGUUACUCCACAGUGGAAUGAAAGCCAUCCCAACUGCUCGGUUCUUAUCUGCUUAGCUAUAAUUAGGUAGAUUCAGCUCUUCUCAUUGGAGUCGUUGACUCGAUGUGGGAAUUCUGUGAACGGCGGCGGGAGAUAGCCGAAUGUUGGGCUGGACUGAGAUCUGCAAGAAUGCUGAUGUUCGCUGCUCGGGUUAGACUUCAGAGUUGUCACCUUGCAAUUCCUCGACUGAGAAGUCCUGCACCUCCUUCGGAACAGCUACAACCUCAACAAGACGGUGAUUCCGCUGCAUUAAAUCUUCUCAACAUCUCCACCUACUUUUCUAUACGCAACACGAACUAUGACCCUCCACACCCUUCCCUUCCUAAUCCGCGGCACCGUCAACCCGGGCGUGCUGGCCGGAACAGCAGUAGCAACCGCCGAAGACGACAAACACAACCACAACGCCUCCACACACUCAAAGAUAAUUGGCAUAGUCAUCUCAGUCUCCCUCCUACUCAUCCUCAUCGUAGGCGCCGUCUGCUACGAUCGAAGCCGGAAGCGGAAAGCGAGACAAGGAGAGAAGUUGAGGGAGAUACCCGAGGAAGAGGCGAGGCCUAUGGUGCAGCAGGAGGUUGAGGUGCCGAGACCGUUGGUUUUGCAGCAGCAACAGCAUCCGGGAUACUUCCCGCCGCAGGGCGAGACGAUGUAUGGUGGCGGUGGGUAUGGACCUGG